AUGACUACAGAAAAUAAGAACAAAAGGCAUUAUGUCCUGGUGCAUGGAGCUUGCCAUGGAGCUUGGUGCUGGUUUAAGCUCAAGCCACAGCUUCAGUCUGCGGGCAACAAGGUCACGGUACUGGACCUUGCAGCCUCAGGCAUCAACCCUAAGAGAAUGGAACAUGUUCAUAGUUUUGCUGAGUAUUGUGAGCCUCUCUUAGAGCUGUUAGAAUCACUGCCUCCAAGUGAAAAGGUGGUUCUUGUCGGACACAGCUUUGGAGGGUUGAGUUUAGCCCUUGCCAUGGACAAGUUCCCUCAUAAGAUAGAACUUGCCAUUUUCUUAGCAGCUUUUGUUCCUGAUACCCAACACCCGCCUUCAUAUGUCUUGGACCAGUACGUAGAAAGAAACCAUCCUAAUGGGAGUGGAUGCUUAGACACUGAGUUAUCGCCCCGCGGAAGCAUCACAUUCGGACCCAAUUUCUUAUGCGAGAAGCUCUACCAACUCUGCUCCUCUGAGGAUCUCGAAAUGGCCAAGACUUUGGUAAGGCCAGGUUCGCUUUUUCUUGAAGAACUGAGGGAGGCCAAGAACUUCAGCAAAGAGGGAUAUGGGUCGGCUCCAGUAGGUUAUAUUGUGUGCAAUGAGGACUUGGCGAUUCCAAUGGAGUUUCAGAAAUGGAUGAUCCAAAAUGCUUGUGUUCAUGAGGUUACUGAAAUCAAGGAUGCUGAUCAUAUGUGGGCCAUGCUUUCCAAGCCACAUCAACUUUGCUUGGCUCUCCUCCACAUUGCUAAUAACUUUACCUGA